CGCCCCCGGCCCCCCUCCGCCGGGGUCACGCGACACCGCCCUCGCCAUUUAUCGGUGCCCCCGGCGGGCGCGGGCCCUGCUGCCGCGCCGCGGCCGCUGCCGGCGGCUCCCACGGAACAUGGCCGAGCAGCGCCAGGAGAAGGCCGCGCUGAUAGGCGAGACUAGACGGCGUUUCGAGGCGGAGUACCUGCCAGAUAAAUCAGAUAAAUAUGAUUCUAGAGAUGUGGAAAGACUUCAGCAGGAUGAUAAAUGGGUUGAAAAUUAUCUGAUUUGGCGUCACGAUAUUGUGGAUGAUACAUUAAAGAUGAUUGAUGAAAGCUUGCAGUGGAGGAAAGAAUAUACAGUUAAUGACUUGACAGAAUCUGUCCUUCCAAAAUGGUUAUUUGAAAGUGGUUCUCUCUUUCUGCAUGGAUAUGAUAAAGAGGGCUAUAAAUUAUUUUGGUUCAGGGUGAAACAUCAUACAAGAGAUCCUAAACAGCAACUUGAAAAAAAGAAACUGGUUGCUUUUUGGUUAGAACAUUAUGCCAAGAGAGAUCAUGGAAAGCCCUUAACAGUGGUAUUUGACAUGGCUGAAACUGGAAUCAGUCACAUAGACUUGGAUUUUGUUCGGUUUAUUGUCAACUGUUUUACAGAUUAUUACCCAAACUUCCUUACAAAGAUAGUAAUCUUUGAAAUGCCAUGGAUAAUGAAUGCUGCUUUUAAAAUUGUGAAGGGUUGGCUUGGCCCAGAUGCAAUAAGCAUGCUGAAGUUCACGAACAAGAAUGAUGUACAGGAAUACAUCAGUGGAGAGUAUCUGCCACCUCACAUGGGUGGAACUGAUUCAUUCAAGUACAGUUAUCCUCCAUUGGUUGAUGAUGAUUUUCAAACUCCCUUAUGUGAAAAUGGGCCCAUUACUAGUGAAGAUGAGCAUGAAAGUAAAGAAGAGAUAGAUGCGGACACCAAGGAGUCUGGGGAGCUGAAUGAUGAACAAAAUCUUAAUCAGAAAAAGAUGAAUUCUAUAGAACAAAUUUCCAAAUCAGAGGAAACUGACAAAACAGAGAUCAAACCAAAAAAUGCAAAGAAAGCAUUAAGCACUUUUAAAGGACCUUUAUUACAUAUCAGCCCAGCAGAAGAGCUAUAUUUUGGAUCCAAAGAAACUGGAGAUAAAAAAUGUUUGAUAGUUCUCACGAAUGUCACUAAAAACAUAGUAGCUUUUAAGGUGAGAACAACUGCACCUGAAAAAUACAGAGUAAAACCCAGUAACAGCAGCUGUGAACCUGGCACAUCAUUGGAUAUAAUAGUUUCUCUUCAUGGUGGUUUUGCAGCUUCUCUGCAGGAUCGUUUCCUUAUAAUGGCAGCAGAAAUGGACCAGUCCUCUGGAGCAGGUGUACCAGAACUGACUCAGUUUUGGAAAGAAGUCCCUAGGACCAAAGUGAUGGAACAUAGGCUCAGGUGUCACGUUGUAGAAAGUAGUAAGCCGUCUUCUCUGACAUUAAAAGAGAAUGCAUUUAAUAUUCCAGCAAAAAACAAUGAAGAUUUACAUAUACAGCUAACUCAUUUACUACAAAUUAAUAAACGACUUCAAGAGCAGAUUGAUCGCUGCCUGUGGUUCCAGCAGUUGUCAGUUGUUUUAUCAUUACUAUCAGUUACUGUUGUUGCCUUCUGCUUCUACCUGGCGCAUACCCAGAGAAGCUAAAAGGAAUUGCUGUGCACUGGAUGUGCUGCCUACUAUGGUUGUUUGGAGUGGAAGAGAUUGCAGUGCUGCACUCAGAUUCUGGAACUGCCAAAAUGAGGUUUGUGAGCCUACAACAACAAACGAUGAUACAAUUUGCUGGGGGAAAAAAAAAAAAAAAAAAAGAAAGAAAUGAAUGACAGGAAAGGAAAUUACUGAAAGUU